AUGGUGAGCAAGAAAUAUAACGUGAAUGAUAAAGAUAGAAAAACUGGAAGCAAACACAACCAAAUACUUAUGUCCAUAGUCGUAUGCAUGCCAAUACUGGCAUAUGGCACAGCGAUGGGCUGGAUUUCACCCCACAAAGCCCUGCUGAUGGGAGAAUCCUCACCCUCAGAGAGACCCCUGACUGAAGAGGAAGUGUCCUGGAUGGCUUCCAUCAUGUUUAUUUUCGCCCCUAUAGCUGUGUUCGUAUACGGGGUAGCUGCGGAUAAAUUUGGACGAAAAAAUGCUUUGCUCUGUGCAACUUUGCCUAUAUCUGUCGGUUGGGCAGUUAAACUGAUAUGUGCGCACCCUAUAGCGUUGAUAGCUGCGCGUGCGCUCAUAGGCUUCGGAUCAGGUGGAGGCUUUGUGGUAUGCCCCCUCUAUGUAAAGGAGAUCAGCGAAGACAGUAUACGAGGAAUGACUGGAACAUUUAUUAUUUUCUCACAGACUGUUGGAAAUCUGGUCGUCUUCAUCUUGGGUGACCUCUUGCCAUUUAAAACAGUAUUAUGGAUUCUGCUGGCAAUACCAUUGGUACACUUCUGUAUAUUGUUGCGGCUACCGGAGACGCCAUCGUACCUGGUCAAAUGUGGGAAAAAUGAGGAAGCAGCCAAAGUGUUGGGUUGGCUCCGGUCGUUUCCACAAACAGACAAAUCUAUAAGUGACGAGGUGGACCGACUGAUCAUUGAACAGACUACAUCGGAGCUGAAGUUUUCACCGAAACUGUUAUUUGCCGACAAAACAGCCCUGAAGGCUUUUUGGGUAGCCCUCAUAGUGAACCUGACCCGAGAGUUCUGUGGAUGUAUAGCGGUCUUGGUCUACGCAAGUCAUAUUUUUGCUGAAGCUGGCAAGGAUCCCGAUUCCAGUAUUGCUUUAUCACCAAACAAGCAAUCGAUUUUGUUGGCUUCAGUGCAAAUUAUAGGAUCUUUUUUGGCCUGUCAGCUUGUAGAUAGAACUGGGAGAAAGCCUCUGCUAGCAGUAACAAGCGUGGUAGCUGGCUUCAGUAUGUGUCUUCUAGGAGUAUGGUUCUACCUUCAAAGCAUCAGUGUUGCCCUCCCUGGCUGGCUUCCCAUCGCUGCGUUAUGUUUUUGCAUAUUUGCAGACGCGUCUGGGUUACAACCUCUACCAUUCGUCAUUAUGACCGAGAUGUUUAGCUUUCAGCUUCGAGGCACAGUAGCAACAUUGAUAAUGGCGAUAUCACUUGGCACAGACUUCGCCCUGCUCAAAUUAUUCGCCCCACUCAACAAUUGCAUAGGAUAUCAUUCUACUUUCUGGAUUUUUAGCUUUAUAUGUCUGUCUAACGUAUUUUAUUUGAUAUUAUGCGUUCCUGAGACCAAAAUGAGAAAUCUAGAAGAUAUAUACGCAGAUUUAGAAGGCAGGAGAAGAAAGAAGAAGAAAAAUGUUGAACCUAAUGUAUAG